AGACUAACCAUAGCCACUAUAAACGUUUUAACUAUUUUUCACUUAAAAGAAAUCAGCGCCAAGAAUGGAAAUAGUCACCUAUGGCGUGCCACCAAACACGCAACAUCCCUUAUAAUAUAGCAUACCAUUUACACAACAUAGAAGAAGAAAAUUCAGAACCAUUGGUAUUGGCAUUAAGAUUUUUUCACUUUUUUCUUUGUUGCAGUUAGUUAUACACGAAUCUAUCUAUCAAUUCAACAACACAAUAAUAAUACCCAGUUUUCAUCAUUUCAAUUCCUUCAUUCAUCGCUGCGGCAAGCGCUUAGAGGUAAAAUGGGGCAACAGGAAAUAAGCUUGACAUCUCCGUCGAAGUCGUUCCGGCUACGAAGUCCGAGUCUCAACUCGCUCCGUCUCAGGCGAAUCUUCGACAUGUUUGACAAGAACGGCGAUUCCAUGAUAACGGUGGAAGAAAUUAACCAGGCGCUGAACCUUUUGGGAUUGGAAGCUGAGUUCAAAGACAUUGAAUCUUUGAUCAAGUCUUAUAUAAAGCCGGGUAACGAAGGGCUAGCAUACGAAGAUUUUGUGGCAUUGCACGAGUCUCUGGGGGACGCUUAUUUUGGGGUGGCGGAAGACGUAGAUGAGGAUACACAAAAUGAUGAUCUAUGGGAGGCAUUCAAGGUGUUUGAUGAAGAUGGUGAUGGUUACAUAUCAGCUAAGGAACUGCAAGUUGUGUUGGGGAAGCUUGGACUUGUAGAAGGGAACGUGCUUGAUAAUGUUGAACGUAUGAUUGUGUCUGUUGAUACCAACAAUGAUGGUCUUGUUGAUUUCAAUGAAUUUAAGGAAAUGAUGCGCAAUACUAUUGCCCCUAGCUAGCUCUUGACCAUAUAGGUUGUUGUUAAUUUCUUUUUGUAAUUUUGCAAUAUGCUCCUUCUAUUGUAGCCAUACCAAUUUCUUAGCUUUAAUAUCGGUUUAUUUUGUGGGUAUAUACAUAUAAUGAAUGAUCUUUAUUAUUUGAA